CGGGAGCGACCCCGCGGGAUCGGCCCCUUCUGCUCCCCGGCCCCGCCACGGGCACUACCGGGGUGCCGCCGCCUUCCCUGCCCUCCCCGCCGGCCCGACACCCGCUCCUCUGGGGACUCUUCGUUCCCUGCUUUCCCCCGGCACUGGACCUGCAGCUCGGUGGGAUACCAGAAACACCCGGUGCUGCCCAGAAAGGACCCCGGUGUUUUGCCCGCCGGGCGCACCUUUCAAGCCCUUCCCGGCUUCCAACGUGCCCUUCUGCUGGACUCUCCUCAGGCUUGGAGCAAGAAAGGAACCGCGGCUGGGAAUAGAGAAUUAAUAGGGGAAAAAAAACCCCACAACCCCCCAACCAAAUAGUUCAUUCGUGCUUUCUCUGUUUCAUCUGCCCAACUCCGAUGUCGGCAACCAUUUCAGUGCCAUUCUGCCCCGUUUUGUCCAAAAUACACCUGUUUAUGGCAGAAGGAACGACAGAUACUGAAGUGCCCAUAUUAGGUUUUAUCGACAAUACUUCUCUUCCAGUAUGACAUAAUUUAACUGAAGGGAAUAUUUUCGUCUUCAGUCAAUAAAACAAGUGUUAUCUCGCCAUCCCCGUCUGACAUACGUAUAGAAACCAUUUGAAUGGAAUUUAGCAGGUCAUUCUCACCACCAUCAUCAUUAAUUUUUGGACAUAAUAACCGGCCCGUAGUUUUAAAAUAAAAAAUAACUCCUCGAACAGAAACGGCACGGUUUGGUUUCUUUAUACGACUUUUCUCCCUCUACAAAACUGAGCUGUGGAUAAAAUCAUAUUCGAUCCGAAAACUGUGGAAAUCGGCGAUCCCUCUUCGUUUCAGCUGGACUGGGUCAAACUCUGCCAACACCAGUUCGCAGUUUUCCAGCGCCAGCAUUUUUACAAUUCAUUUCCCCCCUUCUUCUGUCCCCAUGGCACAUCUUUAAAAGCCAUCGCACAUUGAAAGUGUAUGUUCGAGGCGGAACAAACGCUAGAGAUAAAACGUGCAGGGUGGCUGCUCGUUCUGCUCCACGUUCAGCACAGCUGUCCCGGGCACAGCCCGCGGGUCACACAGGGGAGCGGGACACACGUCGCUGUGUCUCCCGCUGUGCAUGCACCGCACACACACUUACGGAAGUAUAAAUACGACCAUUUAAAAAUCUUAAGUAAUUAUGAAUAAGACGAUUCUGGGAUGUAAAUAAUCGUUGAAAGGCUUAAGCUUCUGUCUCUUGUUAAUCGAGAUCAGCGUUUCUCGAAAGGACGUUGACUGCCACGGCGUCUGUGCUGAACUUGAAGGUGAAAGUGGUUAGAGCAACCAAACCCCGAGAAGAUUUUUACCGCAUAUGGGGCGGCAUACGACGUUUUUGCACCAGUUCUGCAAUUCCCAUUCCGUCUGAAGGAAUAUUUCGUUGUGUCGCGGAGACAGCUGCGCCCAUGUGCUGGGACUGGUUAACUGGAGGAGGUGUUCCCAGGGUGUUUGGGAGAGCUCUUAGCCAAGAGAUCUCCUUCAGUCAGUAGGCAAUUAACCUGAGACGAACAUUUGCAGACUCAGAAGACUUCGGAGCCUGGUUCUUGCUCAUUUCGGCUGCAUUUGUGUUAAAGUCUCUGCAGUGCCCGUUUCUCUUUUCGGGGUUCGUUUCCGAACCCCAGCCCGCAUCCGCAGCGCACGUACUGCACCGUGGCACUGAACCCUUUGGAGAAAAAGGACAGACGGCCAAGGGGGCAAAGAGGAAAAGCGGCACGACUGUCUCCUGCACGACUGGGGCUGCGCGGGGCGAAGGGGUCCUGCCCUCCGGAGCGGGAAGGGUCGAGCAUCCCGGUGCCGAGGGGCAGGAGCCGCUCGGCUCGGGGGGAACGCGCGGGAGAGGCAACUAACCUGCCGGGGAACGUCUCUGCGGACCGGCAACUUCUCGGGAAGGAGCGAGGGAGAGGGGAGCCGACAGCUCUUCCUGCAGGAGCGGCGAGGUGUGGGGAGCCAGGAGCCGCCGGCAGACGCCCCCCGCUCGCCCCCCUACACCGGCUAUUCCAGACCAGUCCUUCCCCUUCCCUGCUCUCCUGCGAAACCCAACCUCGCCAGGAAGCUGCGAGUGUGCAUGGCUAUUUCUCACUCACGCAGGCUACGACUACGUGUAUUUUUUUUUUUUUGAAAGUUCCGCCUGAAACCGAAGCUGAAUUUUCAACACCGGGGGGACAACAAGAGCCAAACCCCCGCAGAGGUUGGACGGACGGCGGAAUCCUUCGGGAGAACUGGGGCAACCGCCCACAAUAAAGCAGUUAACCGUGAUCCGAGCUGGGAGCUGCCAGCUCGCUCGGGAUCUCUCGCAGGGCGAGCCAAGGGUGCCACAGCAGGGGCAGGGAGCCUGCAGCCCCCGAGCGCGGGGGAGAGUUAAAAAUGCUCCGUGGAGCGGGUCAGGAGCGCCUGUGGGGCGAGGCGUGUGGAGAGAGCUCAGCCAGGGAGCACGGAUUCGUUGCAGCCCAGGCUAGAUCAGUGUCUCUCUAUUGUCAUCCUCCCCUUAAAAAAAAAAAAAAAAAAAAAGGAGAGGGAGAGAAAAAAGUAGGCGGAUUGCAGUGACUGACUGCCCAAUGGCAGCCCUGGGUCUCAAGAGAGUUACAGAGAGAGGGAGAGAGAGAGAGAGAGGCACUUUCUGCCAUCCAAAUCCUUUAAACCAUCCUCAUUCCAACACGAGAACCCACUGUAACAACUUCCAACCACUGAGACAUGACAGGCAGGAGCCCAGAGGCAGCAGCAGCAGCAAGAGCAGCAGCACCAGCACACACUCUGCACAGGGAGCAGCAUUAGCACCAGGGGAAUACUACACACAACAAUACAAACAAACAAACAAACAAACAGACAAAGCCCCCCCAAGCCCAAGGGACUGGAUUCCAACUCAGAUUCAAGCCACAGCUGACACCAAAAAGGGUGGGAAAUUACGACCAGGGGGGGCCAGAAAGGAAUAACCAAGGAAGCGAACUCCAAGAGUGUAAACGGGAUUCAGCCAUGAUCCUUUUUUCAUCUCGCAGUGUGUUACUCUCAGUGUAUUACCCUCAGAUUUUCCUCAUCCUUACCAGUGGGAGUUACCUAGCUUUGUCGUCCGUGGUGGCUUUAGGAGCCAACAUAAUCUGCAACAAGAUCCCCGGGCUGGCCCCCCGGCAGCGCGCCAUCUGCCAGAGCCGCCCCGAUGCCAUCAUCGUGAUCGGGGAGGGGGCGCAGAUGGGCAUCAAUGAGUGCCAGUACCAGUUCCGCUACGGCCGCUGGAACUGCUCUGCCCUGGGAGAGAAAACGGUCUUUGGACAAGAGCUCCGAGUAGGAAGCAGGGAGGCCGCGUUCACCUAUGCCAUUACUGCUGCCGGGGUUGCACACGCUGUCACGGCCGCCUGCAGCCAGGGCAACCUCAGCAAUUGUGGCUGUGACCGAGAGAAACAGGGCUACUACAACCAGGAGGAGGGCUGGAAGUGGGGAGGCUGCUCCGCGGAUAUCAGAUACGGCAUUGAGUUCUCCCGGAGGUUUGUUGAUGCCCGAGAAAUCAAAAAGAAUGCCCGGAGGCUGAUGAACUUGCACAACAAUGAGGCUGGAAGAAAGGUUCUCGAAGAGAGGAUGAAACUGGAGUGCAAGUGUCACGGAGUUUCAGGCUCCUGUACAACCAAGACCUGCUGGACAACACUUCCCAAAUUCAGAGAGAUUGGAUACAUUUUGAAAGAGAAAUACAACGCUGCAGUGCAGGUGGAGGUGGUACGAGCCAGUAGACUAAGACAGCCAACCUUCCUGAAGAUCAAGCAGAUUAAGAGCUACCAGAAACCCAUGGAAACGGAUUUAGUGUACAUUGAAAAGUCACCCAACUACUGUGAGGAAGACGCUUCCACAGGGAGCGUCGGGACCCAGGGGCGGCUCUGCAACCGCACGUCCCCCAACGCGGACGGCUGCGACAUGAUGUGCUGCGGGCGGGGGUACAACACACACCAGUACACCAAGGUGUGGCAGUGUAACUGCAAAUUCCACUGGUGCUGCUUCGUGAAGUGCAACACGUGCAGCGAGCGGACAGAGGUGUUCACCUGCAAAUAACGGCCCCGCGAGCCACCCGCGGCCCCGCGAGCCCGGGGGAGGACGACACACCCCAGCAUCCUUUGCACAUCUCACCUGGGGACACGACCCCGGCCAACACCACGCCCACGCCCUCCCCACUACUCCCCACACCUCUAAGGAUGGUGCAUUUUGGCUGGCUGGCUGUUGUAACUGCUUUGGAAACAAGGGCAACAGGAUUAAGGUGAUGUUGACAACCACAUGAAACUUUCUCUCUCUCUCUUUUUUUUUUUUAACUACAAUCUGGGUGUUGUAGAGUUCUCUUAGUGUUUUAAGUUAUACAUAUCAGAGAAGCUGAUUGCGUUGCAGCUCCCAUUACAUUUAAAAGAAAAAGACACUUUUUCCUAUUUUACAGCAACUAAACUGUUGAGCCCUGUGCAAAAAAAGACUUUUUUUUUUUUUUUAAGGAAAUGAAAUCUUCACUGACUAGAAUGCAGCAGUCUUGCUGCAAAAACCUAAAUUCCUAAGAAAGCAGGUAGAGAGAAAACAACUGGUAGGGAGCAAAAUCUGUGGCAGAAAUACUCCACUAUCAGUUUCGAAAAAAACCAACAAACGUUCACAAAAUUACAUCAGCUGCCAGUGACACUGGAACUCUUUGAAUGAACAUUAAAAAUAAUUAUUUAUGUUUUUAAUAGUAUCAAAAAAUUCUAAGCACUAACGGGUAGCUAUGUCUUAAUUCUGUACUAAAUGUAAACUUAUUGGAACUCUGACUUUAUGACUUUUGUAUUUGGUUCUCCCUAAGUUCUUCAAUGCUACUGAUCUGUUGUCACUCCACUAUUAGAGUUCAAUUACUGUAGGCCUUAAGCAAUUACCAGAACUGAGCAAAAGCAUCAUAUGAAACUGUGGUUACAAAUGUUUGAUAAAGACUUUUCCCACUUGCCUCCUGAAUAAGAAUGACUUUUUUUUAGACUCAGGCCUGAGGUGUGGAGAGCCUGCUCUCGGCUCCUCGUAGGGAGUUUUAGUAUACAAAGACUUGCUUGGACAAAUAUCAAAGGGUUUGCUUUGCUGUCAAAUGCACUGGCAGGAUCUUCCAUCACAUUUUGCCUGUAAUGGUUGAAAGUUAAUACUCCAAGAGUUUUAAAUAACUUAUGCUCAGUAUGCACUCAGAAGUUAAUAAAAGUAUGGCAGCUGAGCUCUAGGCUGCUGCAACCUAGAGCUGUGGUGGCUUCACGAGCACAAGACAGCUAAAAUUUGGGUUAGUCCACGCCACCGUUACUCUAAGGCUGGCAACACCGUGCCUCUGGUAAAUCCAUGAAUGUUAAGAAAGAAGCUUACUUCUUACAUAGCACUCAUCCUAAGUCACACACCUUGUCCCUACGAGAGAUUUUUUAAAAAUCCUCAGAUAUUUUACUACUGUAAAAUCUAGUGUUUUUAACCCCAAGAGCCAGAUAUGCCCACUUGUAACACAGCCCAUUCAAAAACAUAAAUGUCUGCUUGUCCCAAGGGUCCCGACCCGAUUUUCUGAAAACUUGGAUUAAAAAUUUCCUUCCAUCUGUAUAUCUGCAUCUCUGGCAUUUGCUUCAUUGUAUUACUUCCACUGAGAGGCUGCACAGCCAUGAGCCCUCCCCACCUGCCAUGGAAGCACUUGUCAGUCCACGUGGUGCUCCUGGGACCAGGGGCUGGUGGAUCUACUGCUCCACCUGCUCCCGUGUUGGAUUUGAGAAGGAGCAGGAAUUACCUCUGGAAUGUGUGGACCUCCAUUAUCAAAAGUAACCAACGACUUGGGGAUCUUCAUUGGAACACUCAUGAGGACCUGCCUUUCUGACCCCAAGCACUUACCCUCUGAAAAUCAGACCCCUUGAACGAGUCUCUCACCGAGCAAUAUUAAAUUGCUCUUUGUUUUUUUGGAUGUUACUGUUGGUUUCUAAAUGCCAGCCUUGGCAUGAACAAGUGCAACUUCACAGAAGUCAGCAGGGGCCCCCAAAAUACUAGAGUCCCUCCAUGUAAUUUAAAGUCCCUUUGAUUCAUGGGUAUUGUUGUUGAAUCAUAGUGAUAUACUGUACUUCCACUGCAUUCUUGACAGGAAGCAAAUAAAGCUCCCAAACACAGUAAUGCACAGUCUUAUGGUACUAGAUACUGUAAAUAUAUUAGAAUAGUAUUUGUUAAGUACGAUUGAGGAAUCCAAUUAAGUUAUAUUAUUGUAUAUCGUUUAAAUGUCUAUAGAGUAUUUUAAAUUAUUGCAAACUACACUGCGUUAAAAAAAGAAAGAAAAGGUUAUAUAUUAUAACACCAACCACUCUGAAAAGUGGACCAAAGUGACACUUUUUCUCUUUUCUAUCCAUACCCCUAUUUCAAAUAGCUCUGUCUGCUAUUUUAAGACCACUGUAAGUCCUAUGAUUGGGUUAGCAACCUAGAAUAUAAUGUUUCAGAGCAUCCUAUGGAGGCUUUGCUUGUAUGGGGAUGCAGCAUUCCAAAAGGUGCUGUUGGCACAAAGCAGGGAUGACCAUGGGAAUGCUUGGACUUUGAAAUAUGCCCCAAGGAAAAGUAGUUUUGGUCAGAAAACACCAUAACCACUAAUGUACCCCAAAUGCGACCUUUUAACGAAGGUGUCUGAACAGAACUGGGUUACACACAACUUUUAUUUUAAAAAAUGUAGUUUGAUGUCAAAGAGCUGUGACAAGAGAGGUUGGAAUGUGACCAGCAACACGUGGUUUAACCAUACCUUAGCCAUGACAAAACUCAAAAUACUGUAUGUUAUUAAAGAACAUGAGAGCAAAGAUCAAUUUGUUUACUAUGUUAAUGUUUUAUGGCAAGCAGAAAACAAAAGAUAAAAUGUGUUUCCAUUAAAACUUAAUUUUUUUCCCCUUCUA